CAGCCAUGUUAAUCGAUCAGGCGAAAAUGAUUUGUAAUAAAGCUAAAACGGGCAUUGUAGCUGUGACGAUGGUGAAUGAAGCAUAUCUAGAAAUGACCUACAGUUGGUUAUGUAACACUGUCAAUAUGAAUGUUCAUGAACAAGUGCUUAUUAUUGCCACGGAUGAAAACGCAUUGAAGAAACUUCGACGUGAUUGGCCAAACGUCACCUCCGUCAUGUACUCGCUUUCUACUACAAAGGUUGAGUACAUGGAAGCAGGAUAUAUACGAUAUAUGUUAACCCGGACUAUGUUACUUCUUUCGAUGCUUAAAAACAAUGUUACAAUCCUAUUAUUUGAGGUCGACGCUGUGUGGUUUUCUUCUCCAUUCCCUUUGCUUCAGUCUCUGUCAAAAUAUGACAUAGUUGGUGCAAAGAUCUCAGGGAAUAACCGGAUAGCAGGAGGCUUCCUCUUGCUACAACCAACUAAUGCUACACAAGUUGUUUUCACAAAAGUGAUAGACAAACUAAAUGCAUUUUUGGAAACAUAUUCAAAUGUUACAGACGACAAAAAACUACCAGAUGGGUCUAAUGAUCAGACAUAUUUACAUGAAAUAAUUGUGUCACAACACAAUCUAAAAUACAAAUUAUUGGACUUUAAUAUCAUUGAAGACGGACUUUGGUAUUUACGAUCACACAAUUAUUCAACAGAGACUCGGCCACUUGUUUUAAAUAACAAUUAUGUCAUUGGUAACGAAGUCAAAAUAGCACGAGCGAAAAAGUUCGGACAUUGGUUCCUCAACAGUAACAACUCUUGUGACUUGGAAAAUGUUCGAAAAAUGACCAAAGAUUAGUGCUUUGGGC